UCCUCCCGACCAUGCCCGAGCCCGCCAAGUCCGCCCCCGCCCCGAAGAAGGGCUCCAAGAAGGCGGUGACCAAGGCGCAGAAGAAGGACGGCAAGAAGCGCAAGCGCAGCCGCAAGGAGAGCUACUCGGUGUACGUGUACAAGGUGCUGAAGCAGGUGCACCCCGACACGGGCAUCUCGUCCAAGGCCAUGGGCAUCAUGAACUCGUUCGUCAACGACAUCUUCGAGCGCAUCGCGGGCGAGGCGUCGCGCCUGGCGCAUUACAACAAGCGCUCGACCAUCACGUCCCGGGAGAUCCAGACGGCCGUGCGCCUGCUGCUGCCCGGCGAGCUGGCCAAGCACGCCGUGUCCGAGGGCACCAAGGCCGUCACCAAGUACACCAGCGCCAAGUGAACCUGCCAAGUCAUUUCAGAUAAAAGGUGAGACAAUGCCAAGACGGCCAUGGGACUUGCCAGUCUUCAUGGGUACCACAUCCUUCAUGAGCACAGC